CACAUAAAAAGUCUUGGAAUUAAUUAUAGGAGAAUGGCCAAGCAACAAUCGCGUCGACUCCUCCUACUAUAUUCAUUCUACUGUUCAACACUUCAACCAAACGCGUUUUUGUUCGGGUUCGACCUCCUCCUCCUCUCUCUCCCUGCUCCCUAUUCUACUUGGUGCCGCCCCGAGCCCAAUCCGGACCAGUUUGGUCGGCCACCACGACUCUACCCUGCCACCCACGAAGGUUAAUGUUAAUGGGUCUCCAAUCUCCUAAACUCGUUACCCUAUCUUAACUUUCUCAAUCUCAGUCAGUCUCAUGGGUGUUUCUCAUCACAUUCACCUCCAAUGAGAUUUCUACUACUGCUUUCAUGGCUUCUCACCCUCCAUUCUCUCUCUAUUUUCCUCGGGACCAGUAAUUUAUCCGUCUAUGGCAUAUGCCUGGAUGAUCAGCGCUCCUCGUUGCUUCAAUUGAACAGAAACCUUUCUUUCUCAACUCCUCUUCGUGCUAAUGUUGCUUCAAAGCUUGCCUCUUGGGAUGCAAGCAUCGAUUGCUGUCAGUGGGGCGGUGUCACCUGCGAUGAAGAGACCGGACAUGUCAUCUCUCUCGACCUUAGCAGCGAAUUCAUUUCCAGUGGAAUUGAUAAUUCCAGCAGUCUAUUUGAACUUGCAUAUCUCCAGAGCUUGAAUUUGGCAUACAACGCCUUCAAUAAUGUUCGGAUUCCGUCUGGGUUUGGCAGGCUCCUUAAUUUGACUCAUCUCAAUCUCUCCAACUCGGGCUUCGCAGGUCAAAUUCCAAUCGACUUCUUACAACUGACGAGGUUGGUUUCUCUUGAUCUCUCCACAUUAUUCACCGGAGGCACAUCUUUGAAACUUGAAAAUCCAGAUCUCAGAGCGCUUGUCCACAACCUUACAAGGUUGACAACUCUCCGUCUCGAUGGAGUAAACAUUUCGGCACAGGGACCCGAAUGGUGCCAAGCCUUAUCAUCUGCACUUCCAAACCUGCAAGUGCUGAGCUUGUCUAAUUGCCAUAUUUCAGGGCCUCUGGAUUGUUCCCUUACGGGUCUUACUUCUCUCGCUGACAUUCGUCUCGACCUGAAUAGUAUCUCUAGUAAUAUACCGGAGUGCUUUGCAAAUUUCAUGAAUUUGACCUCCCUGCGCCUCACUUCUUGUGGGUUGACUGGGGAAUUCCCGCAGCAGAUUUUCCGACUACCGAAAUUGCAGUCCCUCGAUGUAUCACUCAACCAGAAUCUCAGUGUUUCUUUGCCGCCGGAAUUACCCAACUAUGGAUCCCUUCGGAGCUUGGUGCUUUCCAACACAAAAUUCAGCGGUAAGUUACCGGAUUCCAUUGGCAAUCUCAGGUUGUUGUCCAAUUUACAGAUUGUGAGUAGCAGUUUGUAUGGAUCAAUUCCGUCUUCAUUGAUCAAACUUGCCCAACUUGUUUCUUUGGACAUGUCGUCUAAUUACUUGAACGGAUCAAUUCCAUCGUUGGGUUCGCUUGAGAAUCUCACCCAAAUAAACCUUUCCAACAAUCGUUUGGCAGGUCCUAUUUCCUCCAUUCAGUGGGACAGACUUGGAAAACUUGUUAAUCUUGACUUGCGAAACAAUUCGCUCAGUGGAAGAAUUCCAUAUUCACUCUUUGCCCUCCCAUCACUAAGGAAGUUACAGCUCUCCCACAAUCAACUUGUUGGUCGACUCGACGAAUCUUCCAAUGGAUAUUUGGCUCCCUUAGAUACCCUGGAUCUCAGUAGCAAUAAGUUGGAAGGGCCGGUUCCCAAAUCAAUUUUUGGACUCCAGCGUCUUAGUAUCCUCACCUUAUCUUCCAACAAUUUCAAUGGCACGAUGCAACUCGAAAUGAUUCAGAAUCUAAAGAACCUUACAAGCCUUGAUCUUUCCUAUAACAGAUUGUUAGUCGAGACUAGUGUUGAUAAUUCUACCUCGACGUCGUUCUCUAAUUACCCCCGGAUUACAACGUUAAAGUUGGCCUCCUGCAACCUGACAGAAUUCCCCGAAUUCCUGAAAACAAAUAAAUCAACAUUGACCUUUCUAGAUCUUUCUAAUAACCGAAUUCGCGGGGUUGUGCCUUCUUGGAUUUGGAAUAUAAGCGAUAGAUCUCUUGCUUAUCUAAAUCUUUCUUUCAACAUGUUGGAGCAUCUGCAGCGACCGUUGCCCGACCUUACUUCUAGUUCGUUGGCCACCAUUGACCUUCAUUCCAACCAGCUCCAAGGGCCAAUUCCAACUCUUUCAACACCAUCUGCCAUCUAUUUGGAUUACUCAAACAACAGCUUUAACUCCACAAUCCCCGUUAAUAUUUCUUUGUGCUUAAACUUCACCAUUUUCUUCUCUCUUUCAAGCAAUAAACUUACGGGAGAAAUACCUGCGUCCAUAUGCAACGCUAGUUAUCUCCAAGUCCUUGAUUUGUCUGAUAACAAUUUGAGCGGCAGGGUUCCUUCUUGUUUGGCUCAUUUAACCAGUGGGGCACUGAGGGUACUGAAUCUGGGACAGAAUAAACUUAAUGCAAGUAUACCUGAACAAUUUCCUGUUGGAUGUGGCCUGAGGACGUUGGAUCUCAAUGGGAACAGAUUGGAAGGACAGGUACCACAAACUCUUGGGAAUUGCAAAAUGCUGGAGGUUUUAGACCUUGGGGACAACGAGAUCAAUGACACGUUUCCCAUUUGGUUGGGGAACAUGACCCAGUUGCGGGUCCUGGUUCUACGAUCCAACAGAUUCCAUGGGCACAUCAUGGAAAAUUCAGCAUGUAAUGACAUCUUCCGGGUGCUGCAGAUCAUUGAUCUGUCUUCUAAUAAUUUUACAGGUGCUCUGCCCGUGCAAUGCUUUAGAUGCUGGCAUGGGAUGAUGGUCGAUGAUAAGGAUGGGAAGAGUGCAACAUUGAAAUUCAAGUUUUUUGAUUUCAACAAUCAAGUGUACUAUCAGGAUACUGUGAAUGUUACCAGUAAAGGUCUAGAAGUGCAAUUGGCGAAAAUCCUAACCAUCUACACUUCUAUUGAUUUGUCAAACAAUAGAUUCGAUGGGAACAUUCCUCCAGUGAUUGGAAACCUCACUGCACUCCGCCUGCUCAACUUAUCACACAAUGCUUUCACAGGUGAAAUUCCAUCCUCUUUGGGGAAUUUAGCGCAGCUGGAGUCGUUAGAUCUCUCUCAUAACCAUCUGAAUGGGAAUAUCCCUGUGCAGUUGGUAGGCUUAAAUUUUCUUGCAAUCUUCAAUUUGUCGUGGAACAAUCUUAUGGGCAUGAUACCCAGCAGCAAUCAGUUCCAGACCUUCUCCAAUGAUUCUUACCAGGGAAACGAAGGAUUAUGCGGGCCCCCUUUGUCGAAAAAAUGCCAAGAUUCAACAAUUCCUCAGUCACUGAUGUCUGAGGCUGUAUUUGAUUGGAAAUUCAUACUGACUGGAUUGGGCUUCGGAGGAGGAGCAGGACUGGUAAUUGGACCGUUAAUGUUUUGGAAGAAAGGGAGGAAGUGGUUUGACCAACACAUUGAUAGAGUCAUUCUCAUGAUUUUACCUUCAGCAGGAUUACUUUGCAACAUGUGUGAUGUUGAGAGAAUCGAGGCAGAAGAGACGAUAGAAAUGGAGCUUACAGAGAUGGCAGGGGACUUUGAUGACGACGAUGAAGAAGAGAAAGAAUGUCGGAGACGGUACUGUGUGUUCUGUUCUAAACUAGACAUCAGUCUGACCAAGGUCAUCCACAAUCCCAAUUGCUCCUGCCAUACCCAUAAUAUCUUAUCACAAAGUUCUCUGUAAAUCCGAAUUUGCCAAACCCUGGAAUUGGAUUUUGAGCGUAUCCUUUUUUUUUCUUCUGGUAUUGUAUAUAAACACAAAAMUGAGCGCCCCAUGAGAGAGUUGGGGUGAGGAAACAACUUGGAGCCCUAUAUGUAUUAGUUUCUGUAAUUAUCUUUACAAAGUAUACAAACUCUGCUCUGCAUAAUUUAUGAAUCCCUUGUUGAAGGA